CUUGACAUAUCAGCUACAAGAUGGCGCAGACCGGUUGUGUGCUCCUCUAUCUGGCAGUAAUGAGCGUUACUGCGGCCACGAGCUUUGCAGUAGAAAUUCCCAAGAUACAGCCGUUCUUCUUCCCAAAGAACCACCCCAUCGGAAAAGACGUUACGGUAUCCUGCUUCGCGUCGGAAGGGCAACCGCCGCUGUCAUUUUCGUGGCUCAAAGACGAAGUGAAAAUUCCGAGCGGCCCAAAGUUCGCCGUCAGGCACCCGCUAGACAAGAUGUCAACGCUGACAAUACACGAAGUCGCGGCAGCGGACAUCGGCAACUACACCUGCGAAGCUAAGAACGACGGCGGAAGCGACAGAACCACCGCAAGCCUUGUCGUAACGGCUGCUCCUGUCUGGCUCUCGGAACCAAAGGACACGGACGCCGUCCAGGGACGAGACCUGGUGCUGGCCUGCAACGCGGCGGGAUUCCCCAAGCCACGCUUCACGUGGAAGAUGCAGAUCGGCUCCCGGGACUUCGUGCCGCUGCACCCUGUGGGCCGGAGGAAGAUCCACGACAACGGGACGCUGGUCAUCGAGAACGUAGAGUCGGACGACGAGGGCCUCUACCAGUGCGACGUCAGCAACGGCGUGGCGCCGCCCCUCUCCAAGACCAUCAAGGUAUCCGUGCACGUUCCUCCGCGCAUCAGCAAAUCUUCGUCGGACGUGUCCGUCAAGCGCGGGGACAUCGCCAAGAUCGCCUGCGAAGCCAGCGGCCAGCACCCGUUGGUGGUCACGUGGGAGAAGGAUAACACCCUGCUUCUGCCUUCCGUUGACAGGUACGAGACCCACGAGGAGAUGAGCGCCACGGGGGUGACCUCGGUGCUGGUUAUCCACAACAGCGCCCGCAAGGACGCCACGGCCUACGUGUGCGUCGCCAAGAACGACUACGGGCAGACGAAGCACACCUUCCGGCUCACCGUCCUCGAGCCCCCAGAGAGCCCGACCGACGUGGUGGUGACGGAGCGACGCAGCCGCUACGUGUCGGUCAAGUGGUCGCCGCCCAGGAGACCCGUCAACCGAUACGUCUUUCGCUACUGGAGGAAGUCGUCCCGCGGCAGCGUUCUCCAGGAGCAAGAAGUGGACGGGAUGCGGACGUCGCUCAUGGUCACCAACCUGCAUCCUGGCACAGAGUACCUGGCACUGGUGUUGGCAGAGAACUCGGUCGGCUUCGGGGACCCCUCGGACACCAUCACCUUCCAGACGGCCGCCGAAGAGCCCAGCGCGCCGCCUAUGAACGUCCAGUGCGAGGCCCUCGACACCCGGAACAUCAAGGUGUCCUGGGAGCCCCCUCCGGCAGACCAGCUGAACGGCGAGCUGAAGGGCUACUACAUCGGCCACAAGAUGGACGGCACACCAUUUGUGCACGACACGGUCAACAGGGACACCGAGCAGCGCACGUUCCGGGGCCUCCAGGCAGCCUCCACAUACCGCUUCAUGCUCAAGGCCUUCAACGAGGUGGGCUCAGGGCCGGCCUCCGAGGAGGUCGCCUGCAUCACACUCAACGGAGACCCGCCGUCGGUGCCGAACCUGCGAGUGACAGGCAUCACAUCCAGUUCCGUCAGCUUGCACUGGAACAGUCCUACCUCCGCCGCGUCACCAGUCAUACAGUACGAGAUCCAGUAUGGCACCGACGACGGCGACAAGCGGCAGUUGCACAUCCCGGCCACCAAGGACACGGUGACGCUGACGGAGCUGCGCAGCGGCACCCGCUACAACUUCCGUAUGGCCGCCUUCAAUCUGUACGGCCGUGGAGACUUCUCGCAUGACCUGCCCGCCGUCACACACCUCUCAGAUGGUGGCUCAUUCCCCUCAUUGGUGGAUGAGGAGAUGCCCUUCUACUACCGCACCUACUUUGUUGUGCCCGUAGUGGCCUCCUUUACUGUCAUCAUCACAGCCAUCGUGAUUGCCUGGGCCUGCCUCAAGAGGGCUACCAUACUGCAGAGUACGCCCCUUGUUAGCCAGUAUGCCCGCACCUCCUACAUGAGGACAAUGGACCAGAGGAACAGCCAGGGCUUGGAGGAGGCCUAUGACGUGCCAUGGAAUGGACCAGCCACUAGAAACUCCAUGGUACGAGAAAAGAAGGAACCUACACCCGCCUGAAGAACAGCCGGCAGCAGAACCUUGUGUGAGACAUUAACUGUUCUUACUAGUCAUAUGCACCUACCACAGUUUCUGUUGUUACCGCAGUUACUAUGAUGAGCUCAACUGCUAGUGAACGCACUUUUUUUCUACCUAGUGCUUUAUUACAUGUAGUAAGAGGCAGGCUGCUAAAUGUAAGGGCAUUCCAAGACUGUCAGGCUCUCUUGCAUCACUCUGCUUGGCUGUACCUUGAUCUCCCACUGCCGUUAAAGCAGCAGAAAAAAUCUCACUUGCAUUUUCUCCACCUACGAGGCCAGCAUUGUCAUGCUAGUUUUUUUUUUACUGGUGCAAACCUUGUUCAAAAGUGCUGGAAGAGCUGCCUGACAGUCCAGCUACUAGAAGCUUGUGAACUGUCUUACAAAUACUCAUUGUUUUAGCACUUGCAUCACUAUAGUAACUCUACUUAACCUGUCUGUCAGUACUUGUAGAUGAUGUACUCAACAAUGGCUUACAGUAAUGUGUCCUCUCAUUCACAUGGCUGCAAAUGAAAAUUUGGAGGAGAAUGUAAUCAUUGGCUGCAUAUCGCCAUAUCACGCAUGCUAGCAUUCAACAAAUGUCGCACUUAAAAGCUCUAUAUCUCAAGGGAUGUCUGUUCAUAUCUAUAUGUCAUUUACAUCUUCCAUAAGGAAUUUGCAAUCCCAAGGCAAGACUUAUUGGACCUUGUCCACUGAUAAACUUUUCCUUUUCUGCUCCACUCCACAGCAACAUUUAGUACAGGCAUUAUAUGCUAUAAAUGUUGUUUCUCCCAACACAACACCUAUGCUAUGUGUUUGCAGUUCUAACCAACUGAACUAACAGAGGGUUGAAUACACAUUAUGCAGAAAGUUGAAGGCAGCAGUGAUACUAUGUAAAUAGCACUCUUUGGCAGCUUUCUCAAGAGACUUUUCAGAAGUAUGGUUAGUACAACAAUGAUGAACUGAGCAUUUCAUACCUUGCACCCAUGUACUAUAAUAUAUUGUGGUGUGACUGUGAUGCAUAUGAGAACAAUUUUACUCGUAAAAAAAUGUUUUUAUUUAUGUUGAGUACGUAAGCCUUGUUUAAGUGUAUGUUAUUGUAUGUGCUUUCCGAAAUAAACAUGGAAAAAAUUUUA